GGAUAAAUCACAUCUAACUAUAUCACAAAGCAGAGAGCAGAGAGCGCUCUACAACACAACAAAAUUCUCAGCUCAAUCCUUAAGUGAUAUUUUACUUUUUGGGAAAUGUGGACAUCAAGGCAAUUGCUUUACAAUUCUUUGUUCGUUAUUUGGGUUAUUGUCGUGUCCAGCGAUGACGAGGACUACGAUCCAUGCAAAGCAGCUCGUAUUGUUCAAGGAGACAUAGCUAUUGAAAGCUUCCAMUCAAGGUUACGGCGAGCAGCCACGGGGCAUAGAGGAAGACUGUGGAAAGAUGGAGUCAUUCCUUAUGAGAUA